AUGAAGCUCGCUCUCACUCUCUCGGCUGUGCUAGGCGUCCUCUCCACGCGUGUAGAAUGCUUCGUGUCUAGUGGAGGUUCUUCCCUCGCGUGCGGUGCCCGCUCAAACAAGCUAGCAACGAACGGCGCCUUCGUGCAGCCCAUACCGAGCCGAUGCGUGGCAACCGCGGAGAGGAGGAGGAGGAGCGGCGACCUGGGCAUGUCCACGGUAGUCGUCCCCUCGGACUUCAAGCUCCCCAUAGGCAUCGCCGCGUUCGGGCUGGCCAUCACGGGGCUCGGCAACGUCGGGGCGGGAUUCCCCGUCAGCGUCGUGGGGCUGUUGCUUGCCUUCCAGGCGACGAGGGUCAAGUUCGAGUUUGAUGAUGUGGCGAUGGAGGUGAAGAUAGGCGAGACGCCGGACGAGCUGGAGAGCUCGGGCGAGAACGCCUUUGUUGGGGGAGAGUCGCGUUGGAACUACGACACGUGGACGAACUGGGAGGUCUACCCCAGCGAGAAGCUGCCCAUCCUCAUGUACUUCAAGGAGACGCAGACCAAGCCGGAGGGACAAAUUCAUUUCUUCCCUUUCAUCAUGGAACCCGACGUACUUUUGCAAGAAGUACGGGCACGCGUGCCGCAAGUCGUCAAGUAAGCCGACACAAUCUACCAAUCGCCGAAGGCCGUUACUCCAUCGGCACUCGAUUGAGACAAGAGUAGAUCGGAAGGCUUUCGGUGCCAAUUGGCCUGUCGCUCAUGGAAGCCGACGGCAGCAAAACCUGCCACUAAAGUUGACGUGAGACUGUUUUUUUUUGCCACGAGCUUGUAGAUGGAGAAUGUUUUAGAAGUCGAGGGUCGGCACGUUUUGUCUCUUGUCUCCGCAGUUGGUCUGAGAUGCCGGUGGGGCGGCAUACGUUCUGAAUUGUUUUAGAUCAUUCGUAGACUACGAAUUUGUCGCGUUUCCAAGACGCCGUGAACCGUUGCGACCACUGUUGUCAUCGAAUAACAGACAGGCAGCAAACGUAGGGUGACCCUGAAUGACUCCUGCCUGGCAUGUAACUGGGUGAUAGAUUUAGAUUUUAAAAGUUCCAGCGUGUCCAUGGUGACAGGAAAGCACGACGUGACCGAAGCAUGUAUUGAGAGAACCGGGGGCUUGUGAGGUUUGCUGAACUGGUUUGACUGUAAAUUUCACCGUUCAUUCUGAGAAACAUGAAAAUCGUUGUGAAGGUGGAAAGAGACUUCGUGGCACGUUUGGUGCACCGAACCUACCGGGGUUGUUACACCGGCGUUCUUGCGACGGGUCGUUGAGAGUCGUGAGUGCAUGGUAGAGGGCAUACGAGCUUAACCGCCCGUACAGCAGUUUGUUUUGUGAAAAGUAUAAGCUCGGUCAAGACAACAGCCAGCGGCUGAGCAGUUCCGCUGCUACCCUCGUUUGUAGCAUUGUCUGUCUCGGCGGAGGUUGUGGAUCGAAUCUCUCCGGAGGGAAAAAAAAACGCGAAUUAGAGGUGAGGAGCGCAUAGGUCGUAUGUGCA